UUGUUAUUUUAAUUUGGGGCUUUUGUUGUAAACAAUAAUUAACACAUUAAACUUAAUCACUAAUUUAAUCUCAAUCAUCAUUAAUGUUAUUUAUGUUUUUUUAAUUAAUUUGGUGUCAAUCUAAGCAGUGGUACAAGUUGGUGUCAAUAAUUGUAACACUCCUCAAAGUUGGCGGUAAUGGUUGUAAUUUUGCCAUUUGUGUUGCACUAGUAUUAUGUAGAACAUUUUAGUAUUUUUGUCAUCCAAACAAUUUCAUCAUGUCAUUGUUGUAAAAUAAAUUCUAAUGAAUACUCGUGUAUUAGCUAGAAGAUUACUACAUGUAACACAUUGCAAAACUUUUUCAAUUUUAAAGCUAUGCAUAUGUACAACAUAUGGAGUACAAUAAUAUUGAAAAGAAAUAAAUAUAAAUAUUGAUUAAUUACCUAAUCUCAUUUUUUUUUUCCUAAUAAAUUCAAUUUCAAAUAUCACCAUCAAGACAUCUAGCCAAAUCAUGUACACUCAUCCUUCAAUUCCAUACCCAAUGUGGCAAUGUCCAAAUUCCAUGAUCCAUCUCUCCCCACCAAAAAACCCUAUCAACACAAAUGGAAUAAAAUAUCACAAAUUAAAAUACUCAAUAUUCCCAUGAUUCUCCCUCUCUCAAAAAAAAAAAAAAUACCAAACUUCAAACCAAAUCUCACACUCAAAAUCCCCAAACUACCCUUCAACCUAAACCCACCACCCUUCAAUCAACACCCCCAUUUUCGUAAUUUCACACACCCAAACUUUCAAAAAACAAACAAAAAAAAGAAUCCGGUCUUUAAAAACGCUCUUUUUAAUUUUCAAUUUAAAAAAUCUUCAAAAAUAGGGCGCCAAAACCCUGUUUUUCCCUCCCGCGCCACCUUCCUUUUCUAUUAAAACCUCUCUUUUCUUCUCUCAAAAAAGCCCACCAAAAUCCUCCAUUUUUUCUCUCUCUACUUUCUCUCUCUUCAAAAUGCGCCACCACAUCGCCGCCGCUUCCUCCGCCCCAACAACCCCAGUUACUCCCUACUUAGAUCCCACCAAACGCGCCAAAAAACGCGGGAGUUACAACUGCGGUCGAUGUGGCCUUCCCAAAAAAGGCCACGUGUGCGAAGGCACCACCACUAACACCACCACCACCUCCGCCGCCGUCAUUGAUUCUCCGGCGACUCCCCGACCGCCGCCACCUCGGACCCAACGAGCGUUAUCCUUUGACGAUGUCGAGGUCGGGGAUUCGUCCGAUACCGAGGCGGCGGCUGUUGGGUUAGGGCCGAUUGAUGAGGGGAUAGAUGAUGAUGAUGAUUACUUUGAUGUUGAUGAAAUUGUUGCUGGUGGGUUGCCGGCUGGUUGUGUGUGGGAGGUGAUGAAGAGGUUGCCGCCUUCAUCGGUGAUGUUGGCUUCUGGGGUUUGUAAAGAGUGGAGAGAUAUAGCGGGUCGGGUUUGGAAAUCGACAAAGGAGUUGCGGGUUCGGGUACCCGCUAAUGGGUCGGUUGGGUUUGUUGGGUCGGUUUUGAAGAAGUGUUGUUCGUCUCUUGUUAGGAUCUCUCUUCGGAUGGAGAGUGAUGUGGAUGCAACAAUGCUGGCUUGCGUUGCGUUCUCUUGCCCUAAUCUGGAAACCAUGGAGAUCUCUAUGUCAGAGUCAUCAAUUAACCGUAUAUCUGGAGAUGAGCUGGGUCGUUUUGUUGCUGAUAGACGGUGUCUUUCUAGUCUUAAGAUGGAAGGAUGCUCUAAUCUAGGAUCUGUCAUUAUCUCUUCAAGUAGUCUUUCUACACUCUGGCUUUCUGAUCUUCAUUCUCUAUCGAAGACGAUUAUCAACUGUCCUAAUUUGAGGGAGAUUUCUUUGAAUUUUUCUCAUCAAGAUAAUGACAGUACUGAUAUCACAACCAUGAUGGACAACUUGGGAAAAUUCUGCCCAAGGUUGCAGAACAUUCAUGUUGCAUCCCCUAGAUUAUCUCAUGCUACUGUUCUUGCUCUCUCGGCAGCAAAUUUGAGGGGACUGAGAAUGCUCUCAUUAGUGUUGGGAUCUGGCAUCACUGAUGCGUCUGUUGCUGCUAUUGCUUACAGCUUUUCAAAGCUAGAGCUGCUUGACUUGAGUGGGUCUAGCAUCACUGAUAGUGGCAUCGGAAUGAUAUGUAACGUGUUCUCCCGAACUUUAUCAAGAUUAUUGCUAGCGCUUUGCCCUAAUAUUACUUCAAGUGGUAUUCAAUUUGCCACUGCUCAAUUACCUCUUCUGGAGCUAAUGGACUGUGGUAUGUCUAUCUGUGAUCCUGACAUGGAUGAUGUUUCCGCGGAUGAGAGCAAUGAUAAUGAACCACAGAAAAGUAGCAAGUUGCAUCAUAUAUACCAGAAGCUUAUCAUCAAGCAUAGUCGGAUGAAGAAACUUAGCUUGUGGGGUUGUUCUGGCUUAGAUGCUCUAUACUUAAACUGUCCAGAGCUCAGUGACCUGAAUCUUACCUCUUGUAGAAAUUUGCACCCAGAGAGGUUACUUCUUCAGUGUCCCAAUUUAGAAAGUGUUCAUGCAACUGAUUGUGUAAAAUCGCUGCACGAGGUUAUUGAAAUACAGAUUGAAAAUGCUCCAUCAGAAAGCCAUUUACUAAGCAAACGAAUGGCUGAUGGAUCCAAGAGAGUUAGAGUUCCUCACAUUCUCAGCCAGCAGUUUAUGCAGCCUUCUGAUGGUAUCAAGCAAGGCCAAGCUCGAAAGCGAAGAUGUAUUGUAUUUAUGGGAUGACCCUCCCUGUGACUUAUGUACAUCAAUGUAUUUUAUUCUGGGGGUUGCAGUGAGUGUUAUACUAGGGAGUAGUUGGCUCCAUCCUUCGGUAAUUCGGUUACAUAACCCCAUUUGUCUUUCUUUCGUUUAGAUAACAGUGUAGACAGAAUAUUGGAUAAACAAAGUUGUUGAAGUUGCUUUGUAAUUCAUCAAAAAUAAAAUAGAAACUGUAUUUUAUAAACUGCUAAAUAAAUUUAAGUGUGUUCUUUCC